CGACGAGUCCACGAGCUUCAUCCUUAAUGAAUCUCUCACAUCUAUGUACAAAUGCUCGGUGACCUUAUGGGUAGUUUACGGGUGACACGGCCAUGGACUUUGCAAGAGCUUCUCUCACCAAAGGUCCUCUUUUCUAUGACCUCGCAUGGCAAUCGUACUUCGGCGGUUCCGUACCAAACAACAAGGAAUCUCCGGGGAUUAUACAGGAGCUAGCAGACGCUAUCGAGACUCCCCGCGGAACUAUCAUCAAAUUCUCUCUAGACGAUCUUGGUGUGCGCGAGAAACUUCAUCUCGCCUCGACGCGCAAUGUGACGGUCGAGGAAGACGUCUCGUACUCUCUCAUCGGCAUAUUCAAGUCUGAUGUCAAGCCCCACUACGGUGAAGGAGCCGACGCUCUCGGACAUCUCCUGGAGGAAAUCGUGGCUCGCUCCAGCGAAAUCACUGU